UCUAGGCUGAAAUGGCCGAAUAUUGUUACCGGCUUUUGAAAAAAGGUUAACAAUUUAGUAAUCUGUAUUCAAAUGAUUAUCAUAUCUGGACAAGCCUUUGGCCCCAGCAUACGCUUGUGAAAAAAAACGCACAGAAAGGAUUUCAAUUGAUGUGGUUUAAAACAUUGUGCUGGCGAAAUGCUUCACUAAUAUUCAGGCGGCUUAAUGCAAAAGUCAUUAUUUGAUAUCUGGCAUUCAUAAGAUCAGCAUCAUUUGAUACUCGGAGCAUCUUAUGAACGGAUAACUUAUAUUUGAUCACAUUUUUGUGUGUUUUGAACUCAGUGUUUGGGCUCUAUCGCUCUCUUUAUUUCAGGAGGUGUAGCUUGUUAUUAAAUUUAAAUUAACAAUUAACAGUAAAUUAAAUCAACAUAAUUUUGACUGAUUUAUAGUGAGGAUCGCGGUUCAAGUGUGUUACCUAUGACUUUGGAAUUCAUACAACAUGAAAACGUCUUAAGAUUUGAGUGAACUUUGACAGAUAUAUUAUAAUUACGCGUGAGCAAAAGGGCCUAAUUUAAAGACUUGAGCGGAUAUAGAGUGCACUAACAACAUUUGAUUACUGCAGACAAGGCUGUGAUUUCACAUUACCGGAAACCCAAUGCACGGGAUGGAUAUAGCCCUGGCUAAGAUGGAGCAUCUCCAUAACCAGGCGAUGCUGUCAGCGCAGGGCCGUGGCUCCCCGACCCUGAGUCAAAGCAGCCCCGAGCCUCCGACCCCUCCGGCCAUGUCAUCCAGGGCGUCCAUGUUUCCCGUCUCCAUGCACGGGGCAUUGUUGAGCCACGGGCACGACAUCCUGAGCAAGCUCCACAAAGUAUCCUACAGCUCCCCGCCACCUAUCGCCUGUAGUCCAGAAAACAACGUCUGCAAACUGAUCAACUACCGUGGCGCUAAAAUAGCAGCGUUUAACGUUGACGGACGAGAGCUGAUAUGCCUACCACAGGCGUUUGAACUUUUUCUGAAACACCUGGUGGGCGGACUACACACGGUGUAUACGAAGCUGAAGCGCCUGGACAUCACGCCUGUCGUCUGCAACGUGGAGCAGGUUCGAGUCUUGCGCGGCCUCGGUGCCAUCCAGCCAGGGGUGAACAGGUGCAAACUCAUCUCCUGCAAGGAGUUUGACAUCCUGUACGAGGACUGCACUAACUCAAGUGCGAGACCAGGGCGACCGCCAAAGAGGAGUCCCUCAAUGCACGCCAGCCCAGACACCAUCGAUAAGUUGAAGAAAUCCAGAUUUGAUGGGACAGACUACUACAACGCUUCCAGAUUCUUUGAUUCCACUAAGAGUUUCUUGAACGGAUUCCCACCUCAUCCGUACACGAUGGGUCACCUCCCAUUCAUGCAGCUGAAUCAUCCUCUCCUUGCACCGCCCGUCUCCCUCGCCAUGGCCCAGCAGCUCGGUCUCCGCCACGAGGGCCUUAUUGCACGUGACGCCCAUACCAACGACCAGGACCGAGGUCAUGACAGUGAGGAAGGAAAGGAGCGGACGUCGCCCAAGGCACCGGAAGUCUCCUACCACCCGGCCUACCACCACACGCCCGCCAGACUCGACCAUGACAGUGAAAACACACCUCUUAAUCUGCAUAUCAAUGGCAAUGCCACGGAUUUACGGAAAUCACCGAACUCCAGAUCGGAAGACCCGAUGUCUGACGAAUUCAACGACAUCGAUGACGAUAAUCCUUCAGAUGACGACGACAAAAGCGCAGCUGACAGCGCCGAGCUGAUGGAAACCCUGUCUCACGACGAUGUAGGGGAGGCAACCAAUGAAGACCAACACAGCACGACCGGUAUGAGUAACGGCGCUUUGCCCGGUUACUCCUCCAUCGAAACUCUUCUGUUGAACAUACAAGGACUUCUGAAAGUCGCGGGAGAAAAUGCCAGACACCAAGAAAGACAGAUUUCCGAGCUAAAAUCAGACAUUAUCCGUGAGAAGAAAGCCAGAGAUGAUCUCGAAAAGCAACUCUCCGAGGAGCAGAAACAGAAAAAUAUACUUCUAAAACGUUUAAAGCGAGAACGGCGGGCGAGGCACCACCAAGAGGAUAAGGUUGCACCGGAAUCAGGCGUACCGGUAGCCCUAGCUCGCCAUAACAGCCCCACCCACACCAACAACAAUGACAAGAUCCACAAGCCGGCACCAAGCCCCUGUGAUGAAGAGUCGCACGAGCGGAGCCAGUCCCGAACGAGCGCCCACGAGUCGGAACGUGCACCAUCACAGAACAGCUUCCAGCCCGUCUGAGCACGUGUGCUAUGGUGGAUUUAGAAAUCUACACAAAAUAUGCUUAUAUGUAGUAGGCACUUUUUGUGACCUUCAGAAUAGUCGUGACAUUGUGGAGCUAUGCCGGAAGUUUUCAAUAUUAUUCUGAAGACGCUAUAAAAACAGACCCAUCUACAUCAAGAUUGGGGGGCAUUCACAAUUGUUGUUUUACCCUGGGACACAUUUUGUUAUCAUAUUCAUCAAGGUCCGUAUGUUGUGUGUGAAGCACGGGUUAUUUAUUGUUAACACUCGUGCAUUCAGUGAUGUGUAUUUGACUGCAGUCGAACCACGUUGGCUCGAACUUGCUUGGCUCGAUUUCCUCGUUGGCUCGAACUGGAUCCAAAGGACCUAAAGUACCGAUUUCAUUUUACAGAAUGUAAGCAUUCCCGCUUGGCUCGAACAACCCGAGGCUCGAGGUAUUUACACCGGUCCCUUGGAGUUCGAGCCAACGGGGUUCGACUGUAUUUUGAAUGCAAAGGAAUAAAACGGGGCUAUACUCCAUAACCACCUUAGAUUUAAAAUAAGUUUAUGAUUAGAAUCCAAGUAUUUUGAUUGGACGGUAAAAAUAACUGGCCAAUUGAGUGAAUGGUUUCUGAGAGGCAUAUCAACGGAUAAAGAUAAGAGUAAUAUUGAAUAUAGAGGGACUCGCUCAUGUUUUUGGACCAAAAACUAGUUUACCUUGAAUGCAUCUGUAAACACUUAUUUUAUCAGUAUUUUACUCUAUGAUAUCGAAAUUGCAGAUAAUAUAUAAUUAUAGUAUAAAAAAGUAUUUAUUUUUAGUGGGGUGCGAACCCACAUUUGUAAGCUAUUUGAAAAAAAAAUGCAAUUUACAAAAACAUGGGCGUGCCCCUUUAAAACGACGAGUGCUACAGUUGGCAUCAGAAAAUCAAAACUGAAUUCAGUGCAGAAAAAAAAAAAAACGUUUUAUAUAGGACAUAUAUGUAACAUGUCAUAUUUUUUAAGAAAUCGUUAAACAAUAAAUGCCAGGGCGGAGAAAUUUGAUAGUAUUGUCAUCAGAACGAGAUUCGUGUCAAGUAUGACUGACAAUUCAAAGGGAGAAUGUGAAGAAAUUAUGAUGAGCAAUUCUUAUCACAGUACGUAAUUGUAGUCCGUAUUGUUUGCAUUUUAAUUAUCCAUAAUACUGUUAUUAAUUAUGUAAUAUAUGUCAAGUGAUUAUGAAAUGUAAUGUUAAUGCUUAAAUUUACUUGUACAUGUAUUUGAACUGUGUUCGUGUUUUAAUGUAUUGUAGCAAAUUUUACCUCCUAAUAAAUGUCUAAAACAA